GCCAAUGAAACGAGGAAGCAUCAAAAAGAAUAUGCUUAGGGCUGAAGACGCAAAAGCCGACUCUUAAAACACAACCACAGUCGUGUCUUGCUGCUUUGUAAUUGUACUCUUCCAUUAUUCUCCGGGGUCUGGUACCUUCCCAUCUAUUUAGAUUCAGCAAAGAUGGCAAAGAAGAAGAAACAGAGGAAAGGAGACCAAAACGGCAACAUGGAUGAAGCAACAAGGCUGAUCAUUGCCGAAGCUACGACUAUUAGCAUAUCCCAACAACUGCAAAAGUUCCAUGAAUCAAAAGAUGAAGUUUACAAGUUUGAAGAAAACUUGUCAAACCACGAACGUGCAGUAGUGCAUGUAUUAUGCAGGAAAAUGGGUAUGACUUCCAAGAGUACAGGGCGUGGGAUCCAACGGCGUGUUUCCGUGUACAAAACUAAAAAGAAGAUUGAUAACGCCAAGGGUUUGGACAGUCUCACUUAUUUGACAUUUUCGGAAGAGGGAAAGGUGGUUUUACAGGAUUUGUUUACUCGAUACCCACCUGAUGAUGGAGAGGUGGACAAUGAAAUGGUUGGGAAGAAAACUGAAAAAAUUGAUAAAAUACGACAAAAGAAAGAUGAUAUUUUCUGCAAGCCUUCAAUGAGCAGAGCAGAAAUUGCGAAGAAAGUGGAGUCACUUUCUUCAAAAAUGGAAAAGAUUGCAUAUUUGAAGCAGGUCACUGAAGUGAGGUCUAAGCUUCCAAUUACAUCCUUCAGGGAUGUCAUUACAUCGACAAUUGAAUCUCACCAGGUUGUUCUCAUAUCUGGUGAGACUGGGUGUGGAAAGACCACGCAGGUCCCUCAAUUUCUUCUAGAUUACAUGUGGAGUAAGGGUGAGGCUUGUAAAAUUGUGUGUACUCAACCUCGACGUAUCUCAGCGACCUCAGUUGCUGAGAGAAUCUGUUAUGAAAGAGGAGGGAAUGUUGGAGAUGAUAUUGGAUACAAGAUACGGUUGGAAAGCAAGGGUGGAAGGAACUCAUCAAUUGUGUUUUGCACAAAUGGGAUUCUAUUGAGGGUGUUAAUUUCUAGUGGUGCUGGUAGGUCAAAGAGAGAAGCUGGAAUGAAAACUGGAAAACAAGAUUUUCCAGACAUAACUCACAUUAUUGUGGAUGAAAUUCAUGAAAGGGAUCGCUACUCUGAUUUCAUGUUGGCAAUUCUCAGAGACAUGCUUCAUUCAUGUCCUCAUCUGCGUUUGAUACUUAUGAGUGCUACUAUUGAUGCUGAACGAUUUUCACAAUAUUUUGGUGGCUGCCCAAUCAUCCGUGUCCCUGGGUUCACUUAUCCUGUUAAAACUUAUUAUUUGGAGGACAUACUUUCUAUCCUGAAAUCGAAGGAAUACAAUCAUCUCGAUAAUACUAUAUCCAGUCUCCCUACUGAGGACACUGAGUUAACAGAGGAAGAUAAGCUUGCUUUAGAUGAAGCUAUUUAUCUGGCUUGGACUGAUGAUGAGUUUGAUCCACUCCUAGAAUUAGUUUCUUCUGAGGGAACCCAAAAAGUGUUCAAUUACCAGCAUUCAUUGACUUGGGUUACACCAUUGAUGGUAUUUGCUGGAAAGGGUAGGGUGGCUGAUGUUUGCAUGCUCCUAUCUUUUGGGGCGGACUGCCAUUUACAGGCCAAGGAUGGAUCUACUGCACUGGUCUGGGCUGAACGGGCAAACCAACUGGAAACUGCUGAAAUAAUUAAAAAACACUUGGGAAGUGCCAUUUCCAACUCCAUUGAAGAACAACAAUUACUUGAUAAGUAUCUAGGAACAGUCAAUCCUGAACUUAUUGAUGUUGUUCUUAUAGUGCAGUUAAUAAGGAAAAUAUGUAUUGAUUCACAAGAUGGAGCUAUACUUGUUUUCCUGCCAGGAUGGGAGGAUAUAAAUAAAACCAGGGAGAAAUUAAUUGCGUUGCCGUUUUUUAAAAAUUCUUCCAAGUAUAUGGUAAUAUGUCUUCAUUCUAUGAUUCCAUCUGCAGAACAAAAGAAGGUUUUUAAACGUCCACCUCCUGGUUGCCGCAAAAUUGUUCUUGCAACCAAUAUUGCUGAAACUGCCAUUACCAUUGAUGAUGUUGUGUAUGUUGUUGACAGCGGUCGUAUGAAGGAAAAAAGUUAUGAUCCUUAUAAUAAUGUUUCAACUCUUCAAUCUUCUUGGGUCUCAAAAGCAAGUGCCAAGCAAAGAGAAGGACGUGCAGGCCGCUGUCAACCUGGAAUAUGUUAUCAUCUCUUGUCAAAACUCCGAGCGGCUUCUUUGCCAGAAUUUCAAGUUCCUGAAAUUAAGAGAAUUCCAAUUGAGGAACUAUGUCUGCAGGUAAAAUUGCUUGAUCCAAAUUGCAAGAUAGAAGAUUUCUUGCAGAAGACAUUAGAUCCUCCAGUUUUCGAGACCAUACGAAAUGCAGUUUUAGUUCUUCAAGAUAUUGGGGCUUUGUCAGUUGAUGAAAAGCUGACUGAACUUGGGGAAAAGCUAGGUUCUCUGCCUGUCCAUCCAUUGACAAGCAAGAUGCUUUUCUUUGCUAUAUUAAUGAAUUGCCUUGACCCAGCCUUGACUCUGGCAUGUGCCUCUGACUAUAGAAAUCCAUUUACACUUCCCAUGUUACCAAAAGACAAGAAGAGAGCUGAUGCUGCUAAAUCUGAGCUUGCCUCAUUGUAUGGUGGGCACAGUGAUCAGCUAGCCGUAAUAGCUGCAUUUGAGUGCUGGAAGAAUGCUAGGCAAAGGGGUCAAGAGGCACGGUUCUGUUCGGAGUAUUUUGUCUCCAAAAGCACUAUGAAUAUGUUGUCUGGCAUGCGUAAGCAGCUCCAAAAUGAACUAAUCCGGAAUGGGUUUAUUCUUGAUGAUAUUUCAAGUUGUAGCUUGAAUGCACGUGACCCAGGUAUACUCCAUGCAGUGCUUGUGGCUGGUUUGUAUCCAAUGGUGGGGAGAUUGCGUCCGCCGCAUAAAAGUGGAAAACGACUUAUAGAGACUGCUGGUGGUGAUAAAGUUCGUUUGCACCCUCAUUCCACUAAUUAUAGGCUGUCAUCAAGGAAAAGUGAUGAUUGUCCUUUGAUUAUAUAUGAUGAGAUAACCCGCGGGGAUGGAGGUAUGGUCAUAAGGAACUGUACUGUGGCUGGGCCGCUUCCACUAUUAUUGCUUGCAACAGAGAUUGCUGUUGCUCCAGCAAAAGAUGAUGACAAUGAUGAUGAAGACUAUGGUGAUGAUGGUAGUGAUGAUGGUGCCGAUGAAGAUGAAAGUGAUGAAGAUGGUAUGGAGAUCUCAGGUGGAGUGCGCGAAGAGAAGAUUAUGUCGUAUCCUGAUAAUUCAGUUACAGUCAUUGUGGAUCGGUGGCUUUUCUUUGGGUCAACAGCACUUGAUGUUGCUCAAAUUUACUGCUUGAGAGAGCGAUUAGCUGCAGCAAUCUUAUUCAAAGUAACACAUCCAAAGACCAUUCUUCCUCCUGUUUUAGGGGCAUCUAUACAUGCUAUGGCCUGCAUUCUAUCAUCAGAUGGGCUAUCCGGAAUUUCAGUGCCAUUAGGGGCAGUGGACACAUUGACUUCAAUGGUAAAUGCUACUGAGAUUGACAAGUCUGCCCCAGGGAGGAGAAAAGGGGUGGUACAGAAUUCAAAUGGGUUCCUUAGAUCGCUUAUGAGCCAUGGCACACUCCAGAAAUCCCCUUCCCAUCAUCACAAUACUAGAUUACCUGCACCAAUGGGAACAGCCUAUUUGGGCGAUCCUUCAAGUCAUAAAGUUCGGCCGCCACUUAAUCCAGCUGGCAUGAACCAGUGUCAGAGACCUGCAUCAUGGGUUCCCGGUCCCAGUUUAGAUGGUGAUGGUUUGGGAAUGUUUGGCCCGCAUGAUCCAAGGGGAGACUCUCUUAAGCGGCAGCGGGGGAAUUGGUCUAGAUAAUGAAAGCUAAUUGUAUGUUGUGGACAUGACGAUGAAUGGAGGGACUUGAUUCUUCUAUAAAAAAAAAAAAAUGAAAAGGUUAAGAGAACUCUUUUAAGGGUAGUGCAAUUGGUUUGGGAUUAUUUCUCAUGAAGCGGAGAAGAUGACUGGUUUGAAUCUUCCCUUCCCUCUUCCCCUUGAGGCUAAACUCACUUGUGACUAAAUCCGGCUAAAAAAUUGCUAGAGAUAAGUAGGUAUACUGGAA